AUGAUUUCUUUACCCACCCAUAGCGAGUUGCUAUCUGAAGCAAAAGAAGAUAUGAACCUAUUCCUAAAACACUAUAUUAACAUAACGCAGGCGCGUAGAUGGACCGAUACGGAGGAAAAUGGCGACGAUGACAAUGACGAUGACGAUGACGACAUGACCUAUCUUGAGCAACGAUCUCUCGAGGGUGAUCCACCAACGGUUGAACAGCUAGGUCAGUCGCUAUCUCUCUUCCAACCCGAAACGGCAUUGCGAUUUCUAAAUCGAAGCGAGAUACAGUCGGCCUUCCAAAGGACUUACCUAGAACCGGUACUGCUAAAGGGCGACUUUGACAGCCUACCGAUCGACAUGGUGCCGGUGCUCCUGGUGUUCGAUAGUAUGCAUGAGGCGUUGCGACCACAUGAGUACCUCCAGUCGGAGAUCGCGAUGGACCCAAAGGGAAGUGAUGCCCACGUUGUAGAAUUCAUCGUUGAAGUUAUUCUCUUUAUUAUGAGCGACGAAUGCCAGGAGGAAUUUGGGUGGGAGAUAAUCGAUCCUCUGAUUCUUGGCACAAGAGACCUCGUUUACAUCGCCGCUAUGAUGAUAGAUUUGCUUGCUAGACAAGCUCUAGGAGUUGAUCUGGAUCUGGAAUUGUACAACGGCGGCACCCGCGCGCCUGUUGGCAGCCCUAUUCAUUUAUGGUGA